CAUGCUUACUUUCACUAACAUCUUCCUACUAUUGCUAAUAGUAUCCUCACUAAUCUUUUCAUCAAUCCAUGCUAGAAACUUAGUUUCUUUCAAUGGUGUCUUCAAACUCAACCUCAUUCAUCGCAAUUCACCACUUUCUCCUCAUUACAACUCUUCCUUAACACUACGCGAGCGCCUAGAGAGUGCACCCUUAGGCUCAAUCUCUCGUGGCCAUAACAUUCACCUCUCCACAUCAUACUAUAAAACUCCAAAUGAUGCUAAAUUUUCAGCUUUAAGCCCAAGUACAGGGGAUUACCUCAUAAAAAUUUCGAUUGGUACACCACAAGUUGAGUUCAUGGCCGCUGCUGAUACUGGGAGUGACCUUAUAUGGAUCCAAUGUUCACCCUGUGAGAGUUGCCUCUCGACAAAAUCUCAACCAUUCAACACUAAAAAAUCUUCCACCUAUAAUGUAAUCCCCUGCACAUCUCCUACUUGCAAAUAUAUAGAUCUUACAGGUGGUUGUACUACAAAUAAGUCAUCAUCGUCGUGUGUUUACUAUGCUUCCUAUGGAGAUGGAACACAAAGUGUAGGCUUCUUAGCCACGGAAACUAUUAGCCUUCCUACUUCUGACGCUACAUCAAAGAGCCUUCCAUCCUCAAUUUUUGGGUGUGGGUUUGUGAACCAAGACCAAAGUUUCAACCAAAUGGGUGGAAUUGUCGGGCUUGGACAAGGCCCGGCCUCAUUGAUUUCACAACUUGGUCCAAGUAUCAACUACAAGUUCUCCUAUUGCUUGGCUCCCCUGUCUUUGAAUGUGACUAGCAAGCUAACCUUUGGAGCUGAUGUAACCGGCCUUGGCGUAGUGUCUACUCCUUUCAGAAGUGCAAAAACACCUACAUUUUACAUUCUAUCCCUCAAUGCUAUUACAAUUGGAGAUAAGGAUAAGGAUACUCAGUGCAAUCUGGUACCACUUAUACUUAUCUACAAAUCAUCUUUAGAACAUUGUUAUGAUACUACACAGUUAUCAGGUUCAGGUGCGCAGUUUAAGCCUCCUGAUGUGGUGUUCCAUUUUCAAGGGGGUAAUGUUGUGUUAAAGGCACUCAACACAUUCAGGGAUAUGGGACAUGGUGUGAGUUGUUUGGCAAUGGUUGCAACAAAUGACACUAAUAUCUUUGGGAAUAUUGCUCAAGUUAACUUUGAGGUUGGGUAUGAUUUACAAGCAAAACAGGUUUCCUUUGCUCCAGCAGACUGCACCAACCAUUAAGGGUCAAUAGCAAUAUAAGUACUACAAUAAUAUUUGGAUUUUGAUGCAAUGUCACUACUAAUGUAAUUGAUGUACGCCUCUAGAAACCUUGUAGGCUUCUCUACGUACGUCUCGCUACGUAUCUAACUUCAUAUUAUGUAUCGUUUUUACAUUCUAGCUAGUUUUUUUUUUUUGCCCGGACGAUCCUCGAGUCAGUUACAAUAAACAAAUAUGUUAUUAUUUUUAAACUUCAUAAUUUA